AUGCAUUUCUUAUUCGGCUUAGUCUUUGUUUCUUAUGUUUGGGGCUUUCUUACUGUUCUGGGACAAAAAAAAGCGGAGAGCAUAGACGAAGUGAAAAUAGAAGUUUUACAUCGUCCAGAAAACUGCUCUAAAAGAAGCAAGAAGGGUGACCUGCUAAAUGCUCAUUACGAUGGCUACUUGGCCGAAGACGGUAAGAAGUUCUACUGCAGCCGGACACAAAAUGAAGGCCACCCUAAAUGGUUUGUACUUGGUGUUGGACACGUAAUAAAAGGCCUAGACAUUGCAAUGAUGGACAUGUGCCCUGGAGAGAAGCGAAAAGUAGUUAUCCCCCCUUCAUUUGCAUAUGGAAAGGAAGGCUAUGUAGAAGGCAAGAUUCCACCUAAUGCCACACUAAUUUUUGAGAUUGAACUUUAUGCUGUGACCAAAGGACCACGGAGCAUUGAAACAUUUAAGCAAAUAGAUGUGAACAGUGACAGACAGCUCUCUAAAGAUGAGAUACGUGAUUACCUAGAAAAGGACUUUGAAAAAGAUGAGAAGCCACGGGACAAGUCCUAUCAGAAUGCAGUUUUGGAAGAUAUUUUCAAAAGGAAUGACCAUGAUGGUGAUGGCUUCAUUUCUCCCCGGGAAUACAAUGUGCAUCAACAUGAUGAGCUAUAG